UUGACGCGGGACAUUUCUGGUGUCGAGCACCACGGAUUUACUCCAGCUGGCACACGCACCAUAACAAAUGAAUAUGGAAUGAUAACGACCGACAGCGCGAGAUGGGCAGGCGUUGAGAUCAGCUUUAACUUCCUCCGGUGGAGGCUCAGCUUCGAAAUGGAUGAGUUCCAUCCAUUCAUUGAGGCUCUGCUGCCCCAGGUCCGUGCCUUUGCCUACACAUGGUUCAACCUCCAGGCCAGGAAAAGGAAGUACUUCAAAAAACACGAGAAAAGGAUGACUAAAGAAGAAGAGAGAGCUGUCAAAGACGAACUGCUUGGGGAGAAGGCAGAGGUGAAACAGAAGUGGGCUAGCCGUCUUUUAGCAAAGUUAAGAAAGGACAUUAGACCUGAAUGCAGAGAAGACUUUGUCCUGUCAGUCACUGGGAAGAAAGCUGCGUGUUGUGUCCUGUCCAACCCUGACCAGAAAGGCAAAAUGAGACGCAUAGACUGUCUACGACAAGCUGACAAGGUGUGGAGGUUAGACCUAGUGAUGGUCAUCCUGUUUAAAGGAAUCCCAUUGGAAAGCACAGAUGGAGAGCGAUUGGUGAAGGGUGGCCAGUGCUCCAAUCCAGUCCUCUGUGUCCAGCCUCGACACAUCUCUGUCUCCAUCAAAGAGCUCGACCUCUACCUUGCUUACUAUGUACAGGAGAGAGAGGCAGAGCAGAGCAGCAGUCCCAGUCGUACAGGAGUGGGUUCUGAUCAGGAGGACAGUCGAACUGCCACCAUGGGUAAUAUAAAUUAUGGUCCAGAGUUCCAGGACAGUUUUGUAACAUCAGGAGUUUUCAGUGUCACUGAGCUGGUCCAAGUCUCAAGAACUCCAGUAGUCACAGGAGUAGGACCUAGUUUCUCUAUGGGGGAGCUGCAGGGUCAUCUGGCCUAUGACCUCAACCAGUCUGUCAACCAGCCAGUCAGCCUCAGACGAUCACUGGCCAGCACUUCAUCCAGCGGAAGUAAGCGUCAUAAGUCUGGCUCUAUGGAGGAAGAGGCCGACAGUCCAGGAGGGGACUAUUACCACUCACCUUCCUCUCCUGCCAGCAGUUCUAGAAACUGGACUGAUGACAUGGAAGGAGGUAACAGUCUAUCUCCUCCAGUGAAGAAGACAGAGCUGGACAGUCCAUCUCACCAGGAAGACUCACCGAGACUGGGGUCCUUCACUCAGCACCACCGGCCAGUCAUAGCUGUUCACAGUGGUCUGUCACGGAAUCCCCACCCCUCCUCAUCUCUUCAUUUCCCAUCCUCUUCUUACUUCCCCCACGGAGCAAUCCGCUAUCCUCCUCACUUGGCCCAGGAUCCCUUAAAAGAUCUAGUCUCAUUGGCCUGCGACCCUGCCAAUCAGACCCCCAGUUCACUGAAUGGCAGCAACCAGGUGAAAGUGCCCAGUCACUACAUCUCCUCUCAAAUGUUGGUACCUCCUGGACCAGCACCCUCCCUGGCUCCUCCCCCAUCCUCCCUCCCCAGGCCAACACUGUCUGCAGAGUCAAAGGCCACUCCCACCUCCUCUGAUGGGGGAGCAAACUCCCCCACAUCACCCAUCUUGGUAUCUGGGCAACUGAGUGAACUCUGGAGGAAAGGUGAUUGUCAUGGCGGUAAUGUCCUGGAGGAAAGGAAACAAUGUUGUCAAGACAUUGCCAGAGAAAAAAUAUAUUCAGCUUUAUAGAAGCAUGUCGUGCGGUCAUACCUAUAUAUAACUAUAUAGUGACAUAUAUUUAUAUAUGUGUAUGUACCCAGAAGAGUGAGCCUGGAUUGAAGUAGGAUGCUUCUCUCUCUCAGCUAUUUUUGCAGCCCCAGAAUGAACUAUGCUAUAUGACACUAAAUGGCUCUCACAAAAUGGCCACUAAUGUGAGCUGUGAUUUUCAAGUGAAAGCAAUGUAUUGAUGCAGAUGUCUGGUUGGUCCAGAUGAGCUGCAGAUCAGACCCAGGCCUCAACCCACUAGAUCCUAAAAUGCUUGUAACCUAAUUGUGUCCCCAGGAUGAGACCUAUUUCUCUGGGAUGGAUGUCAGCCUUUGCCCCUCUACCCUUAAGUCUCCUCACUAAAUCCAGUUUAAGGCCUCCUCCCUGGGAACGGACAUAGACCUCAUCCCCCCCCCCCAAAAACCCAGAAUGCCCCUCUCCGCUGCAGGUGCUGCUUAUUAUAUAUGCAAAUAAGCCUCCCUUAUUUUCUGAACGACAUGAAAUAGGAGAUCCUAUUGUUAAUAAGUAAUGUUUCUUUGCACUUUUUAAUAUGUUAUUACUACGCCUGAAGAAAAUGAAGAGUUGAAACAGCGCAUUUUUUUCUCUCUUCCCACCAAAAGACAGAGGCUUUGUCUUUUUUUUUUAUUGACAAUCAUCAGCCUGAAACCAUUAAGUUGCUUUGAGAGGCUCAUGUUUCUAAGACUGUUUGAUUGUGCUUUUUUAUCAGACAACAAUGAGUAACUGUGGAAUAUAAGAGCUAUAUUCAUGCCUCCUCCAACACUACACACAAUGCUACAGUCAGAUGCACAACCCUUGGCUGGAAGAAACAUGCAGCUGCCACAGGGAGACAGCUCAGCAGAACCGAGAAAAGCAAGGACACAUUGAAACCAGGAUCAUGUGGCUGCAUAGCCCGCAGAAAACAGGCUGCUGUGUUCACUGGGCUCAAUGUGUUUAAAACUGUAGCAUGGUGUGGAGUGUGUGUGUGUGCGUGCGUGUGUGUGUGUGUGUGUGUGUGUGUGUGUGUGUGUGUGUGUGUGUGUGUGUGUGUGUGUGUGUGAGUGUGUGGUUCAGGUAUUCCUCACGUUAAGGAGACGUAAAUCUGUUUACACCGCCCUUAUGAGGACAAAAAGAAAGUCCUUUAAGCGUAAAUCAUUAAUUUUAGGGUGAAGACUUGGUUUAAAGUUAAUGUUAAGGUUAAGUUUAGGCAUGUGGUUAUGGUUAAGGUUAGGUCACCAGGAAAUGAAUGUAAGUCAAUGUAAUAUCCUCUGAAGUGAUGGAAACACAAGUGUGUGUGUGUGUGUGUGUGUGUGUGUGUGUGUGUGUGUGUGUGUGUGUGUGUGUGUGUGUGUGUGUGUGUGUGUGUGUGUGUGUGUGUGUGUGUGUGUGUGUAGGUGUGUUCGUGUUAGAAUGUGAAUAUGGUUCCUGCAUUUCCACACUCAUCCCUUGCUCUGUUUUGAGGGGAUGUUAGGUAGAUUUCGUUUGUGUCUCAGAGAACACAGUGACAGGGUUUGUAAUUGUGUGUAGGCAGACACUUAGGAAGAAAUAUAGCAGGCAUUGCACUAUGAUUAAGUUAAAAUUCCUUUUUGAUAAAGGUGCGAUGAUGUGGCGUGUUUCCAACCAGUGGGAUUUUCUUUAAGAUAAUGAUGGUUAUGACAGCAGGUCACACAUACACUGACUUGAAAUGAGCACAAAUCCAGGUUUCUCUGUCCAGCUUGAGAUUGAAUGUUGAUUUAGAAGGUCCCUAAGAGGUUCUGCACUGUGUAGCUCAUGGCCCCAACCUGCACAAUUUGUGGAAGAACAGUAAGUUUAGGUUCAGGUUCAAGCAAAGAUGAACUGGAGGUCAGCCACAAUGCUAGGGUUGGUUUUACCACAGGCAUCAAGCAACCAAUCAAGUAUUUACAAUAAAAGCAGAGUUUGUAGGCCAUGAGCUCUCUUUUCUGUGUCCAAUCAUGACACACAAUUAGCAUAGUUUAGUGCUUUAGUGAGGCAAAGCAAUGUUCUGUUAUGACUGGCUUUUCAAAGCUUCAUUUAGUCGGUAAUCUUUUUAAAAGAAAACAAUUGCUUAAAAUCUUACAUGUAGCAUUUUAACUGCAAUUUGACAAGGUUAGCAUGUAAUAGAAUACAAAUAUUAACCCUUUCUGCGACAGCUCAUAACCACAUGUUCAUAGAAGCAGAAGUGUUGUUGUGGUCAAAGAUCUGAAUGCAGAAGCAGAAUAACCAGAAUCAAAUUAUAAAACAUAUCACCAUUGAUAUUUGAAUGUAAAAUUCAAGCAAACUCCAAAUACAACAGCAGCAGGCAGAACAUGUGCACCCUGGCCUUCAGAUAUUGUGUAUAUCAUUUGGAGAUGAAAACAGAUUUUUAGAAACUAAUAUUUUAUAACUAGUGCCAUGUUUUAAUCUCUUAGGCUUUGCAAUUAUGAAGCAGUUUAAUGAAGUCUGUUGCCUGGGGUUGUAUUUAGUUUUGGUUUGGUGGAUUGGUGUUUCUGUUUCAAGUUGCAAUCAGAUUGAAUGUCAAGCGAAAUGUUGUCCUGUGUUGUACACAUGAAUUUGACAGGUGGAGUUGCAGCCUGCAGACGUUACUCCAUGAAUUGAUCAUAUAGCGUUCCCUGCAUCGACUAUUUACACAUACAGCGGUGACUGCUGCACGUCUCCUGAGCAACAUACCUAUGUCCUAUGAAAGCAUCAUACCAGGCAAAAGCUGAUAUGCAUCCAUCAAAACAUGCCUUUGAAGAUGCAUCCCACUACAGUAAAAGAUCAUGUAGUGACUUUUACCCCUAAAGGUUCACAAAAAUCAAAUUCAUAGUGCUGAGGUCACAAAUGGGGCUAUCCAAACAGCAAGUGUACCAACUGUACAGACCCUUGCUAGUUCGCAAUGUAUGAACAGAGCAUGUGUGUGGAGAAUACAGUAGUUGUAUGUGUUUGUAUGACAGCUCAGACUUGGAGCUCAUCAGUAACCCAUUCUGUCUGGUAAUUUCCUCCUUUUUUCUUCUUUUUACCUCUCGUCCCUAUAUGUUUAGAAAUGUUUUUGUCAAACAAUGUUGGAAUAAGUGUGUUUUUUUUUAAGUCUUUGCUGAAGGAGAAAUAUUUUCAACUCACACAGAUGCAUCUCCACAGUUUAUACUGCCUAGAAUUUGCAUCUUCUCGGCCCAUCUGAAAUUGGCUUUGUGUUCAGUCUGAAAACAGAUGUCUGUGUCUUUGCCAUUUGCUUUCCCAGGGAUUGGGGUUAAAGUUGACAGACGUCAGUGCCUGCUAGGGGUUCAGGUUUUGCACUAAAGGUGCUGAUAUGAACUGGGUUUUGGUAGGGCGAGGUUUAAGGUUUGGUUAAAAUUGGCAUAAAGCUGAUGUACAGGUAUACUGCAUGGUGCUGCCCUUGUUGCUGUGCUGACCUGAAGAAUGCAUGGCUCAAACUGACGAUACCUCUAUCCUGCUCUUCUUCUUCCUUCCCAGCUCCUACUCCCCUUCCUCCCUCUGUACCAGUGGAUGGAAGGGAGGUGUGUCUUUCUUUGAAUUUUAAUAAUAGCCCUGUUGUUAAACUUCUAUUUUGCACGAUAUUUCAUAAACACAUUAUGUGCCUUGCCUUUAGUUAAAGAACAAUAAUACAUUAUGGAAAAGUAAUCCUACUUUUCAUGGUACAGCAGGUAGUGCUUAAAAAAUACAAAAAAGCUGCAUGUGUGAUUGCUUGACAUUAAUCAUUGUAGCAGGUACACAGUUUUAGGUAAAACACUGACCGUGUGUUAGCUGGCAGUUGAGAUACUAGCUUGAGUGUAAACUCAAUGAAAAGUUUCAUUAGUUUGAGCAGAGGCUGGGACAGUGCUUAUGCUCUACUCCAGUUCAAAUAAAGACAGCACAUUUUACAGUGUUGAAGGAACAUUUUGACAUUUUGGGAAAUACACUUGUUUAAGUCACAUGAGAAGAAUGAUGACUGUCUCAGCCCACUGUCCAGUAGCCUAAAGACUCUCAGUCUACUGGACAUAUAGUAUAGACAUGUUUAACCUAGCUUUAUGCUAAGCUGAGCUAAACACAUCCCAGACCUUUGACAAAAUUAUCUUAGCUCAAAGCCGAUCUGCAUGCUUUUUCCAUGACUCUCAACUACAUCUCACAGGUUUCAUCAGCUAAUUGAGUUGGCUCAGGUGUCAUCCUGUGAUAUAAGUCUGGAACUUUGAUCACAUGAGAUAACAAGUAGUAACAUAUAUAAGAGAGAUCUAGAUCCAUAUCCUGCUACAAGGAUACAAACACCUGUUAUCACAUGACCAGUGUUUUAUACUUCAUUUGAUCAUGUGAUGACAACUGAACCAUCUUCAUGGCAAUUGAUUAAACUCAAACUGUAAGAAAGCUUUGAAAAAGCUAUUAAGUGGCCACAGAGUUUAGUUUAUUGUUUCCAAGGUCAAGAUGUUGUCAUUCGAUUGUUUAGCAUCAGAAAAUAACUGUAUUCAGUGUUGAUUCUUUUCAGUGACAUCAUUUUCCACAGCUAGAGCUCAUAGAGCUGACCUAUCUCAGUGGCUCUGCUGUUUAAAGAUGUUAGCUGAAAAGGGUGGACUGUACCACAAUGCUGAAAAUAAACUAGAUGUGCGCACUAGGUUGUAAAUGAAACUCUAUUUGAAGGUGAGGUAAUGGCCCCGCUGGUUUUAAAAGUCUGGUUGUAAUUCCUGCCUAAUGUUCACAAUACGAACAAAAGCAAGAGAGAUGCUGCACAGCUCUGUCUACAUCCUGUUUUAAUAUUAAGUAUUAAAUACAUGCAAACACAUUUAAUUGUGUUUUUUGCAGAGAAGGUCUGUGUUUAAACAUUUUGUGGCCAAGCCCCCAACACCAUCUAAUGGAAACAUGUCACACCUGUUAAGGCUUGGGCUUUAAGGCUCUGUAACUCUUUGAUUGGCCAUUAGAACACCGUCCAUUUCCCUGUAUGAUUUGACUACACGACUAGUCAUGUGACCAGAUAUUAUAAAAUGCCAAUGGUGAGUUUGAGUUUUAUAUGGAUGCAUGCACUUAACACUAUUCUUACUCUACUUGGCUUUUAGAUUAUUUUUUAGUUAUCUUUUGGAUUGUUAUUAUAAUGUUGCUUGUAGGAUUAUAGGUUUAAACACAGCAGUGUGUAUAAAAAAUAUGUACAACAUGAAUUUAUCAGUUUAAAAAAAGAAUGUAUAGAAUGUUCAAGUGUUUUUGUAUUUUAGUUAGGCUUUCUUAAGCUGGUGGCCAAGCUGCAGAGCAAGAGACCCAUGAAAUGGGAAAAGUGUGUGGGAGCUGGUUGUAAAGUUUAGCGAUGUGAAGUAUGAUGAAUGAUGAUGGGUGAAAGUGGGACAGAGACAAUCCCAGAGGUCAAGUUAAGUUAGGGUGAACUAAACAGUUCUCUAAGUGUUAUUUUAAUAACAGACAGUGUUUAGAAAUAUCUGUGACUAGAUCUGAAUCAGAAUACACAGUGACAGACACUGAUGUCACACUGAUUAGCUGUUGGCAGCCAUGUUUUUAAACUAAAUCUUGUCCUGAAAUAUUUCAAUUUCAAAUUAGUAUCACUCAUAACAACUGUUAAUGAUCAUUCCUUUUUGCUGUAGCACUCACUACCUAUAUGGACAUUUUUUUAUUUGUGGAUAGAUAAAAAAACAACAACACAGUUUAUUGUUUAUUUGCAGUUGCAGAACAUGCUCAAUGUCAGUCUGUGUCAUAAAGGCCAUACACAUAAAUGUGAGUGUAGAAAGUGGUAUGGCAUAUCAAUAAGGAAAUGAAUAACCCAUCCAAAUAUCUUUUAGAAAAUUAGGUGGAAAUGGGAUCGUAUGUGUGGUGGGAUUGGAAAGAAAAAAAUGUAAAUGGCAGAAUAUCUGGUUAGCAUGAUGCUCCACCAGUUAACAAAAAGAGCAGUACACACAAUCCACACUAUCUGUCUGUCUUCCUCCUAGGAUGAUGACUCACCAUGUGAUCAGAGCUAAUAGAAAGUCCACUGGGAUCCCUCAGGUAUUAGAGAUAUAUUAACACUUAGACCUGAGGCCUAUAGCAAUACAAUGUGACCUGACCAGACCUGAUAACACUAAACAUAGUUCAGACCUUGCUGGCUUAGGCUUUUGGUCCGUUUUUAGGUAUAGCAACUCAGUGGACCCAUGAAUACCUCUACUUAGGAGUUCUCUCUGAAAUUACGAGACAAAGUGAAAAGUACUGUGUAAAUGGCCACAGGAUGGUGCUAUUGCCCCAGAUACUACCUGAAUUGAACACCACUUGCCAAGAUGUUUUGAAACCUGUUUGGUAGUGCAGGAUCAAAAACAGGAGCUGCUUGGUGUAGGUAAUACUUCAGAACUUCAUGUCUAAUUAAGAGCAACAGAAGCUUGGUGUGAAGUUGAUAUUAGUGUUGAUUGUGAUUAUUUAACUUGAAAGCAUAUGGCUUGAUUCACGGAUAUCAGGCCAAAUUAUAAUUAGGAUUUCAUGUUUGUACUCCCAAUUUCAAUCAAAUAUAUUUUGUCUGUCCCUAAUGAUAUCACAAUGGGAAUACAAGACUGUAUAACCUGGAAGGUGAAGGAUAUCAGUGAAAUGAUAAAAAGAUGAAGCAGAGUGUUAACCCAUGAUGGGACUCACUGUGGUUUACUGAGUUGUGAUGUGUCUGUGAUUAGGUGCUGGUUGCCUAUCAACAAAUGCAUUGCAUGAAUAAAAGGGAGAUCAUCUGAGCCCACAGACAGAAACAGAUCAUUCUUAGAUUAAAAUGUCAGACUGAAGGCAGUACAUAACUAGUAAAAAAAAACAACCCAAACAUCUAAAGUCUCUCUACUUUGAGAGACCCAGUUAAACUUUAAAGAGGCAGACACAGUAACACCAAAACUGGUUCAAUAAAAUAAUGCAAUACAACACCAAAAAGUACAGCUUAAAAUUGCCAUAUAUGUAACUCGCCACUCCUACACAGCUAAAAAAAAAAGAGAAGAAAACUGUAAGCCAUACAAAUGUUUUGUGUUUUGCAGGACUCAUGUAAUGGAUAACAGGAUCACACUGACUGUAUCCCCCAGCUGAUGACCAAGAUUACUGUGCACAUUGUAUGUUGAGAGUCUUAUUACUGCUUCAUUUUGUCUUCUAGCAGCUCUACCUGUGGCCAAGAUGAAAACUGAUUUAAAUUCUAAACCUUCACCUGCAGAUGAUCUAUGCACUAUUUAAAGGCAUAAAGCAGUGUAUUGUCACCAUUUGGUCAAGUGUGCCUCCUGGCAGUCAGGAGAGGUUUGAUUCUGUGUUGAAGCAGUUUAGAAAGUGUGAAUCAUCUUCCUUUCUAUUCCUCUCUACUUUCUGUCUAUCACUGAAUAGCAAUCUGACAAAGAAAAUAUACAAAUAAAACCAAAUACCUUCCCUACAUGACAACCGCCAACUAAGUUGGAAGACUAAUCCAAUGUGUACUGAAGUGUGUCAGUUGUCCUGGCUCAGCUGAAAGCGUUUUAAGCUUGUGCAGUGUGAUGUCUCCUCAUUGUACAAAAUGUACUACAUAGAGAGAUUAUAAAUAAAAUAAUACCACCAAAGCCAAAAUGCACAGACAUACAAUAUGCCUAUAUCUCUGUGAUUGAAGAAGAAAAACAGAAAGAAAAAAACCCCUCAGUGUGUUCAUGACAAAACUUAAUUGGGGGGAAAUUGCUCUACAUCAGUUCAGCCUCGCAACCAAACACUGUCCCCUCCUCGGGUCAAAGAAAGUUGACAUGCAGACUCACCACUUAAUGCUCUAUUCAAAUAAACCAGCAGGUCAACAGUAUGGAAAGUGAAAAAAACAAAAAUGAUUUCAACAAGCAGUGCCUAUCAUUUUUAUGGCUAGUUUGUAUUCAGUUGUAUUCUAACACUACAUGGAAGUGUGACAUACUUUAGCACAGGUAUUGAUGCUCAGUAUUGAGAACAUUACCAGCUCUGGCCAGUAGGAAUGGGUGACAAGCCAUAAAACAACCCAAAGAGUUGAAGAAAAUCUAGAGGAAACAUUGACAGACUAUCUUUAUCUGCAUUUUGUGGCACAUUUGCUAAAUGGCUAAUAUAUGCAAUGUGUGAUACCACUUUACAAAAAGGUACAAAAAAAUGUUAAUAGUUACCAGUAACAAUUAUUUGUGGAAUAGCCGUUUGAGCAUUAGCAGCAAUGGACCAGUGCCAUAAUAAUAAGUUCCUUUAUCUAAUUCAUCUUUUACCUCAUUUUCACUUUUUUUUCACAGAAGACAUUUUGACAUGUCACAAUGGAAAAAAGUACAGGUGUAAAUAAUGAAAAACAUGAUGGCUGAAUUCCAUUUGGCUGUUUUACUUUUAGGGUCCUUUGUAUUGUGCAUGCUGGAUUGCUGUCUUACUGGGACACUUGAAUAGAUCAGAACCUUUGUUGAUGGUACUAGUAACACCUGUGCUUGUCCCACCAUGAUAAGUCAAAAUAUCCACUGAACAUAUGACUGAUCAGCAUUCUUAUUACAUGCAUGAAUUACUAUAGUAAGUUUAAUACAAUAAUAUUGUUCAAUACGUUAUUGCAUCAUACUGAGUUGUUGCUUAGAAUGCAUUGUUAUUUGGUCAUUCAUUUACCAUUAAGCAUAUUUGUAAGCUAGUACUUAUUUGUGAGAAGACAACAUUAGGUUCUAAAGCCCAUUUUUCCUUUAGUUACUUGCUUUAGUUAGUUGCUAUGUUGAACAGCUAUCGGUUUGGUGAGAAAUAAACCUUUAACCACCUUCCAGAGAUGGAAUGAAAACAAUACAGUCCACAUGUUCAGGAAAUGUCAUUGUUAGUAUAUUCCCCAGGCACAUGUUUUCAUUGUGUCUUUGUUGUACAGUAUGUAACAUGGCAGUGGAAGCAUUAGGCAGUCAGGAAGAAAGGUGAAUGAGGUUAUCUGAGCUUGUGCUUAGCUGUGAAUGUUGCUUUGAAGGAAAUGACUUCUUCUUAGUAUACAUCAUUUGUAUUAUAUUCAGUGCUCGUUGACAUUAAUACUCACUUCCAUAUGAACAAAUAUGUGUUUGCCAGAUAACAAUGAAAUAAUAAUGAGUGCCAAGUUAUGACUCGGUAAAAUGCACAAAAUAACUUGAGGGCCACAUAAAUAGAGACUAAUAUUUACAUAAUAAGAUGCUGUGUUUAGUUAUUGAUUUUGUACUAUUUAGCGUUUGAUUCAUUCAUUUAAGUAAGUAGGCUAUCUUUAGGAACUAAUGAUUACAUUUUGGUUCAUUAACAUAUCUGGCACAUUUUCUCUACUUUACAAUCCGCUAUAAAAGUACAUUGUCAAAAAUGUAUUGACUACAUGUUUGUUGACUAAGAUGUUAUUAUUCAUUGGGAUAGAUUUUGGUCUUAAGUUCCCUCUAGAUUUUUCUUUUCUCUGUGGUACAAACCAAGUGCUGUUCUGACAACUGUUAGCACUGUUAGCAGAGAAUAACCAUAGAUAUACACCUUUAGCAUGUGCUAAGUGCCAACAAUGCAAACAAUGUUUCUGAAUAGGAUGCACCAUAUCAGAGUCAAAACUGCUUUGUGAUUGUGUUUGGUUGGUUAUGGUUAGUAUUGUAAGCAGUUAUUACUGUAACUGAACUGUUGUACUUGCUGAAGGCAAUUCUUAUUUGUUACAACUGCAGACAGAUCUUAAACUGAAUGCUGUGUGAGGAACAAAGGGAUUGUUGGAUAUCUAAACAACACAUUUUUGGGAUGGUUUUUAGGGGGAUGUUUUCAUAGAGGGCUCUUUUCUAUAAACUAUUAGUGUGAUUCUACACUCUACCCUACAGCUGCUGUUGCCUGGAAAAAGUCCAAUAUGUAUUUCUUUUGCUGUUUCUUACUUGAACGUUUGAAUUGUUAUUUUCAAUGUCCCUUCAAAACCCUGUCUGUAAUUCAGACUCACAGCAAAACCUUUUUUAGUUACUGAUUUGAGAUUUUGUAGAGUUGCAUUGUUUGCUGUGAAUGUGAUGCCAUAUUGAUUUCCUUUCUGUAUGGGUGGGUAUAUUGCUUCUGCAAACUGUUUACUCCAUGUGCUUAGGACACUUUGUAACGAAUGAAAGAGUUGUCUGUCAGAGAGCAUUUUAAGGCUGUGUUAUAUUUUAAGGAUUUUUUCUCAUAUUUUUUCAGAUAUUAUAGUAAAGGACUGCUUUGCUUGCUUCCAGAUAUGUAUCCCUUACAUCAGAGAGAGCAUAGGCAUGAACAGCUUUCUUCAGUUAUUGCAUGACUACAGUCCACACAGACCACAGUCCUUUUCACAUUAAGCAUAUAUCAGGGCAUUAUGUCAUUCAGUUAGUGGUGGGAUAACAAAACUACAUUCUUGGUAACCAAAAGUGUGUAAUGAGGUCCCCAAAUACCUGAAAAUAAUAGACUGUGGAGGUGAAGCAGAGUGGCAUCCCCGCUCAUGAGUCUAUGUUUUCCGAUUGGAACACUUUAAAGUGCAUUGCAUCAUGCUCAUGCCAUAGUCACUUCCCAUAUAACAAAUUAAAGAAAAGCUCAAAAUUGUCACCAUCAUCCAGUAUUGUAUAAAUUCCUCUGACCUCAGAACUAUUACAUUAUAUAACUAUAUAUUUUCAAUUGUUACCUGAUAGCCAUUCUGAAACAAGCAAUACUGCAUGACUUAGUAUCCCAAUAUGAGAAAAUAAUAGAUACGGCCAGGCAAGUUGUGUUCCUUAUCCUGAGGCUAUUAUAUUCCAUAUUGGGAGAGUUUAGAGUGUUUUAUGGCUCUUAUUCCAUAGCUACUUACUGUUGGCAAAAAAGAGCUGGAGUGCUGAUAUUAAUCCUAGCCCGAGAGUUUCACUGUGGAAAGGGCUGCUGCUCUGGGCUGGAUGUAGUUUUUAGCAGCUUUACAAUGAGCUUUAAGUACUUUUUCUUUUGGAUGUUUUUCAGCUGAAACAUAUGUCAAUCAACCUUUUUUUUUUUUUACAUUAUCUAAACUGUUUCUCUAAGGCUGCAUUUAUACAAGGACAGGAAAUGAUGUCAACAUCGUGGCAUAGUAAUGUCUUCUCAUGGCCAUCUAAACUGAAGUCAUGGACAACCACUUGUCUGUUCAGACAUAGGAUUUUCUGUUCCUUUUUGAAUGUAUCAUAGUUUGAGUGACAGCGGUCUCAACCUGUGUUUCUGACCUGAUGUUUUUCAUCUGCUGUGGGGGAUAUUAACAUCUUUGAAAAUAUGUCAUUAUAACCAUAUUUAGCCAUUGCUAUCAGCAAAUGCUGAUGGAUUCAUUAUUGGAAAUGAAUAUGUUUCCCUAUGCAAAAAUAUACCAUUAAUAAACAAGCUAUACCACAACUCA